AUGGAAAAAAUUAGUGAAGCAUGCAAAGCUGGUGUUGAAAAAGUAAAAGAAACUUGUUCUGGUGCAAGUAAAGAAACAAACAAAGAAAUUGCCAAGGAUUCAGAUCAAAAAGUUGGUACUCGAGUAGGAGCUGCCAUCGAUGCUUGCAGCGAUAAAGCCGAUGAAGCAAAACAUGGAGCUAAAAAAGAAGUUCAUAAACAAGAAGCAACUCACUAA